AUGGUUGCUGGAUCGAAUCCCAGAAAACGGCGCCGGGAGGCGGCAAAUGUCGAUGUCAAACUUGUUGAGAUCUAUGAAGACCUCGCCAGCGAAAAAGACGGGAUACGGCUCAAAGCCGCCCAUGAUUUACUCUCCCGCUUUGCGCCAGACCAAAACCCAUCGGAGGAGCAAGUCGAAAAGGCCCUAAAAAGAUUAUUCCGAGGACUAUGCAGCAGCCGAAAAGCGGCAAGGAUUGGGUUCUCUAUCGCCCUCACGGAGCUUUUGUCGCAGGUGUUCGCAACCUCCAACAGGCACAACUUGAAGGAGCUGAGCAUCCCAAAAGCAAUCGAGAUUUUGGAGUCGCAAACCAACGCGGUCAAUUGUGCAUCGGGCCAGGAGGAGAGGGAUCAUUAUUUUGGCCGAUUGUUUGGUGCAGAGGCCAUUCUGAAAUCUGCCAUUUUGCUUCAAGAGGGCGUUAUCUUUGACAAUUGGAAGAAACUCCUCUCUCUGGUGUUUGACUUGGCCACGAAGAAGCCGUGGUUGAGAGAAGAAUGCGGAUAUAUCAUCUACUGUGCAGUGCGAGAUAUUGCUGUUAAAGCAGCAGAUGUCAAAUAUAUCAAUACGGUCAUUGGGGCACUCGCAGAAAAUGGACUUGCCAAAACGCCCGAAGGCGUUGCAAUCUGGCUUGCGGCCAAAGAGUCCGCGUUGCCGGUAAGUUUCGUUCCUGGUAUAUGGCAGGAUGGCAAUCCGUUGCACUCCAAGGAACGAACUACUCUCGCAAAGAUUAUGAAAGAGUCAUCAGAUCCUCAUUCCGAUGGAGACGGUGAAAAUGGAGCCGCAGCCAAAUCCCGUGUUUGGAAUCCAAAAUUGCAUUUUGCAUGGGAGCCGAUUCUUGCCAAACUGUACGCGCCUUUUCAAGCUAAAGCCGGCGACAAAGCCCCCAAGCAAAUAUCUUUUGCCGACUUUUGGACCGAAGUUGUCGACAAUGGACUUUUUGCAGCCGCGUCGUCGGAAGAGCGGAAAUAUUGGGGUUUCCUCGUGUUCAUGAGAGUUGUGAAUGAUGGACCCAGUGAAGCUGCCAGCUCAGUAUUUACAAAGAACUUUGUUCGGUGUUUGACGAAUCAGCUAUCUGUUGAAGAUCGGUAUCUGCACCGAAUUGCCCAAAAGUCCGCAAAGUCGAUACAGACCCGUGGUGCCGCUGACCCGCAGUUUGUAACUGUAGCACUUCGUGGCUUGAUGGGGCAAGCAGGUUCUAUUAAUUUUGACCAAGUGACGAAAACCAAAACUAUUGAAAAACUGAUUGGUGACGCAUCUACGGACGCUUUGGAUCAGAUCGUUCCGUUGUUGCAGAGUUUGAUCAUCAAUCCCGGCGUGGAUGAUGCCAAAGCGGCUUUACCGAAGAGACAUCAACUUGCUACCCUCUUGACCUCAAUCGUAAAAUCGCUUUCUACGACAUCGAACUCCACGGACGACUUGGAUACCACCAUCAAGCGUGUCAUGCUUGUUUUGGCACGCUUUGCAUACUUUGUGCCCGCAGAUAGUACCAAGAAUAAAGACACUGCCCCAAAGCCACCAAUUGCUCAGUCGACGCAGGAGUUCUUUAGGAACAAAAUCUCAUCAUGCCUGAACAUGGUUGUUGCCGGCCGCAAGAGUCCUUCGGCCGUUGCAUGCGAAGUUAUCCAAAGCAUUCGUGAUAUGGAGCAAAAUGGGGAAUAUGGCAAGUUCGUUAUCGACAUGGGGGAUAACAUUAGCGCGUCUGUCGACUCAGCAUUCAAGAUACUGAAAAAGCUCCAGCACAAGGAAAAGAAGAGCGACGAAGCGGGGAUGGCCAGCAUUCACGCACUAAAGCUUCUCUACGCUAUGACCAUCUUUCAGGUUUAUAAUGGCGAUGCUGAUGCUGUGUCUAUGCUGGACGAGCUUAAAAUAUGUUACGACAAAUUCAUCGGCCGGAAGAAGUCUGCUGCCGAUGUUGCAGAAGCCUCUGAUAUUCUGGUUGAAAUCCUGCUCAGUUUUGCCUCGAAACAAUCCCAAUUGUUUCGCCGGACUAGUGAACAAGUCUUCGGCGCCUUUGCUGACCGAGUCACAGCCACAGGACUUCAGUCGUUGAUCGCGAUUCUGGAGGCGAAAGAUUCCCUUGCUGGGCAGGAGGAAAUGUUCGAGAAUGACAAUGAUGAUGAUAGCGAUGUGGAGAUGGUCGAUCCAGAUGACGAUGAUGUAGAAGAAAUAGACCAGUCGCUCGAGUCAGACUCGGAACCCGAGGAUAAUCACGAAGCUUCCGAUGAUGAGAAUGACGAGAGCGAACCUGAAGACGACGACGAGCUCGAGGCAUUUGAUGCCAAGCUCGCUGCAGCUCUCGGAACCCACCGUGCAGAUAAAGACCUCGAUGCCGGUUCCGAAAGCUCCUCAGACUCUGACAUGGACGACGAUCAAAUGGAAGCCUUAGAUGAGCAACUGGCUCAAGUCUUCAAAGCUCGCAGCCAAGUGACAAAUAAAAAGAAAGAGAAGAAAGAAGCCCGAGAAAACAUGAUCAACUUCAAAAACCGCGCUCUUGACCUUCUCGAAAUAUACGUGAAAAAGUCUCAUUUGAACAUAAUCGCAACAACCAUCCUCCUCCCGCUGCUACAAGUCGUGCGGAAAUCCAAAAUCCAACAAAUUGCCAACAAGGCUAGCGGCGUGCUGCGUGAAUACUGCAAGCUGUGCAAGGGAAAUAGCGUCCCCACCGUCGAGAUGGAAGAGCAAGUUUGGGAUUUGCUUCGAGCGAUCCACGAGGAGGCCACGCAUAGCGGACCGGUGUUCCACGCAACUGCGUGCAGUCAGGCGAGUCUGUUGGUAGUCAAGAUUCUAGUGGCACAUAAAAAGGACAAUGUUGAAAGGGUCGUGGAUGUGUAUGCUGAGACGAGGAAGAAGCAGCUGGUCAGCAAGAGGUGCCAUGUCCAACCGUCCUUUUUCUCUGAUUGGAAUAACUGGUGCGUUUCGGCGAGUAAGCAGAUUAAAGGGUGA